AUGCAGACUGAGGGCAGGUCCAAUGAUCCGCAGGACACGAUAGAUUCUAUUACUACCAACGGCCAGCAUGAUUCAAAAAUAGCUAUCCCCACUCUGGAGAACCAGUCACAAACUCCGACGAUUGAAAAAUCAUCAACAACAACUGACACAACAAAUACAGCAAAAUCAGCAAAACCUUCCACGACCUCUCAACAAAAACCCUAUAAGAAACGAAAUAGAACGCCUGCCUCGUGUUCUGUAUGUCGGAGCAGAAAAGCCAAAUGUGAUAGAGCAAGACCUACAUGUGGGUCUUGCUUGAAGAAAUCCAUUGCACAUUUAUGCUACUACGAAUCUCCCAACGGUCCAUACCAGCAUCACCACAAUUACUACCCACCAAACCAGUACAACGAGUAUCACAACUAUCAGCCGCAGCACCCACAACAACAACAACAACAACAACAACAACAACAACAGCCACCACCACAACCAUUUGCACCUGCACUUCAACAGCAGGGAAUAAAUCCUUCUCCCCAUCUUCACCCUCACCCUCACCCUCCACCUCCAUCAUCAUCAACACCAUCCGCUCAUGGUGGCGGGCUCCCACUUCCGAUAAUGAACAAGCAAGGACUGUUCCAAGCCCCAGUGCCACCCGCGCCAUUCCAUCUUCAACAUAAUGAACUUGGAACCAACACCAAUAAUACAAUCACUGACCAAAACGGUGUAAUUAUGCAACACCCGCAUCUUCCGCCUCAAAUGUACAACCAAGUACCACAAUCACCAUUUUCAUCAGACCCCGCAAACCACCUAACGCCCAUGCCAUACCUACAAUACCUGCAACAAGGACACUACCCACACCUGCAACGACUGCCAAGUGCAUUGUUUCCACCUUCAUCUGCUGGCUCGCCCAACUUCCAACUGCUACCACCACCACCACCACCACCACCACUACCAUUACCACCACCGGCAUUGUCUCAACAACAACAACUGCUGCUGGUGCUGGUGCAGCAGCAGCAAAAGAACGGCCUAGGUAGCGGUGGUAACAACAACAAUAGCAAUAACAACAAUAACAGAAUGUCAUCAACGCCACUGUUGCCCAUGCCUACUCCGCCUUUGCAUGGAAAUAGUACUAAUGGCGGAAACACUCUAUUUGAUGCACGGCCAAACCUUGUGAGUCCAGGAAAAACACCCAAUUCUGCAGAAUUGAAAAGUGCAAGCCAUCAUACAUCGCUUUCGGGAUUACCUUUGCCUCAGCCACCUUCUGGUCCAAUCAACACUAAGGAGAAUAAGUCAGACAAAGUUGACCUAGACCUAAACCAAUCCACAAAACCAGGCUUACAUGAUCAUGACCCUAGUCCUCGUUCAUUUUCCAAAUUUACCGAUGGCCAAUCGCCUGGUGGGAAAUACUUGUCACAACAGCCAUCACCAUUAGGGCCAGGAUUCAAUCAUGCUUCGCCGCCAAUUGCGAGAUUAAAAUCACUUGCUUCUGAAUCUUAUAUCUCGCCAAACUCCAACAGUUACAAUUCAAAACCGAAACAAUCAGUGUCUAGCCCCUUGGGCUACUCAUUUGAAAAAACACAACCAAACUCAAUUCAAUCACAAAUAUCACAAGUAUCACAAGCGUCGCCAGGAUCGGACCAUAGUGCCGGAACUGCGCCUUCAUUUUCCACCAACGCACUAGUCUCGAUCCCACUAGGACCAAAUUCAUCAUUGCAAGUGAGUCCCGAUGACCGGAUCAAUGUGUUUGCAAAUGCAAGCAACGCUUUAGGUGUUGAAGGCUUAACUAUACAACUACAAGGUGCUUUAUCCUAUGUUGGUCUCACCAAAUGUGAUCCAUUCAUCACGAUAUUGAGAAACUUUACCCUUCAUUUAUUUAGAAACGGAGAAAUGGCUAGUUUUAUCGCAAAUGACCUGACCAAGAAAAGACGGCUCUCCAAUGAAUCUUCGACAAGAUCCUCAAGACAUGGAGGGUCUACAUCUGUGGGAACUACAUCGAUGAAGAGACCGAAACUCGAUCCUUUGGGAUCCCCCAAUAGUGAGCGUAAACUAGGAGAGAAUAAUACUGGUGGCGACACAGCUUCUACAGCAACAGCAGCAGAAACAGCAACAGCAAUGGGAGUCAGCAGAUCAGCAGACUCGAUCAAUGUUGAAAAUGGAAACUUUACAACCAGCUUCAGCAAUAACAAUAGCAAUAGCAAUAAUAGUAACGGGUCAAAGAGUCGAUCGCAACCAAUGUCAUCUUUUGACUUGGCAUCACCUUUAAACCUGUAUUCACCUUCAGUUCCGGGAAAUUUGGCUGCAACCACAGUACAAGCUGUGAAUAACAAAAACAACAACGUUUCAUAUAUACCAUCAAUGGAGAAGUUUUAUACUGGAAGACAGGGUAAAAAGAGCUAUUUUGCUCUAGUGGAAAGAGUCAUUGUUGACUUGUUGCCAACACAAAUCAACUCAUUCCAUUUAUUUUGUCGGUUUUUCAAAUAUAGUCACCAAUUUAUACCCAUAUUUGACGAGAACAAACUCAUUGUUGAAUUGAAUCAAAUUUUUAAACAUUUUCCUACUUUUUCAAAAGAAAAAUGGUCAAACUUGAAUAUUCGUAAUGAUCAUGACUUGCGCACAUUGGGUGUUUUUCUUUUAAUGACCAGAUUGGGUUACAUGAGUUUGAUUCACAAUGAUAAUGUAUACAAUGACUAUACUGAAGACGAACUUUCGAUGAUUGCAGAUAUGGAACAUAUUACGUCGCUGGAGUUUACUCGUGCAAUUAACAUGUGCAUAGGUGAUGCACUAACUGCGGCAAAAUCCUCAUUUAAGCUCGUACAAUUACUUGCAUUGUACUAUUUUUACAAGGAAAAUUCUAAUGAGGAUGGACAUGGGAUUUGUGGUGCAGACUCACAAACCUUGUUGGGGAUCACUAUGCGUCAUGCAUUGCUGAUUGGGCUUAACCGAGAUCCUACUUCUUAUAUGGGCCACGACUCCAUCUCGAAGAACACGGCAUUAAUCAAAACAUGGCGUUACCUUUGGCAUUACCUCGUGUGCACUGAUGCAGUAAGCUCGUUGCACAAUGGUACAAAUCUCAACUUGAUGAAUUUGGACAUGAGUGAUGUACAAGCACCAUACGAGUCUAAGGACCAACUGGGACAAUUGAACGAGUUUUUGAAGAAAUAUAUCCAGAUCUGUAAAGUAUACCGUCAAUUGUGCAACAAGAUCAAUAAUGUAAAUGAAAAGCCUAGGAUUGUGGAUAUCUUGGCCGAUACAAACUAUCUUGAAAAGAUGUUUUUUGAGUUUUUCGGAAAAGAUUUCUUCAAGAGUGUUAUUUGCAAACCAGCAAAUGUCCGAAAUGACUCCAGUUCCGACUGGGAGAUUGGUAGCAGAGAGCACGAAGAGAAUUAUUUGAAGGUAAUGAAGUAUUGCCUCUUUAUCCAGUUACGCACCAAUCUAUCUGGAAUGUAUUAUAUGAUUGCCAUUCAUUAUGAAAAUGAGUACAACGAAUCACGUACACCAUCGAUGAAUGCAGGAAUUGAGCUAUUCAAAAUUUACAUCAAGAGUGUUGUGCAACUCGUGUAUAUCAUGUCAUAUGUUUUGGACAACUCUGUCGAUAUUUUUGGCAAAAACUAUGACUACGUGCUCACCUCGUCGAAUGAACGGCACAUGAUUAGAACGCACUCUUUUCUUACAUCGUUUUUUGUGCGUUUACUACAUCAAAAAAAGGAUCUUUCAUUCAAGGUGUUUAAGGAGCCAUCGUAUAUCCCGCGUCUUGAAGUUAUAGAUACAUUAUUCACAAUUGUUCUUAUUGAAGCGGAAUUGUUUGUGGGGAAUUUCAAAAAGUUAUCACGCACAUACAUUAAUAGUUAUCGACUCUACAUCAUGACGUAUAUCAUUCUUAGACAAUGUGUUGAAAACCCCGAGGUAUUCUUUGAGAAAGCAGUAAAUGAUCAACAAUUUUUUCACCAGGGGACUAACAUGAUUGAGUUUUUCAGUAUUGCUGAGUUGCAACACUUGUGCCGUUUAUGUGGAGAGUUCCGCACUGCAAAAGAAGAACAGCGCAAACUAAAGAAUGAGAGAUUGCGUGCCAAAGGCAUCCAUGUCGAUGAUGACGAUGAUGAUGACAAGAAUAAUAACAAUAACAAUAAUAAUGAUGAUGAAUAUGGCAAUAAAUUCGAUACUUUCAGUAUGGAUCAGUACAAUGACUUGGACUUGCCCACAUUCAGAGAUGACGACUUAUUGUUGGGUAGACCCUCUCCUGGAGGCUCAUCUACAAAUCCAAUGUCUUUUUUCGAUGAUAAAAAGAUAUUCAGUAACUUGAACAAUUUGAAUGAUGAUGCGUUGGACCCUAUUACAUGUACUGAUGAUUUAAUUCGGUUGUUCAAUAUUUAUGGGGACUUUGAUCAGGAGUUAUUUCAAGCCUCAUCGUCAUAG